AAUGGCUGAAAAGGGCCCCAAUCAAACCCUUGACCGCUGUUCUAAAAUGGUUUAUGUGUGCGCAUAUAAUAUGCACCGUAUGCGAGGCUGAGAGCUACCAUUGGGGGGCAGCAGGGAGGCAAAUCCCGGAAGUAUCCUGCUUCUCGCCAGUGACGAUCAUGGCGCUAGUGGCACCGUUCCCUGCUGUGGUGUCGGUAUCUGGGACUCUUUUGCAUCGCUAACUUUGGCUUGUAGGUUGCUUUGAAAGUGAUCCUUGAAGUGCGAGUAACAUCUUUUCAAAUUGUGACGUUUCCGCCCAGCGCUUCUUCGCAGGUAAGUCCUUAGAGAGUGUAAACAAGGUGCGGAGCUGGGCGCAGAUUCGAACCUGGAGCAGGCGGGGUUAAAGUUAUUGAAACAUGAUGGAAGACAAAGGGCCUCGAGUAGCGGACUACUUUGUUGUGGCAGGACUGACGGCCACCUCCAAGCUUUUGGAUCAUGACAUGGGUCGGAUAGAAACCAAGACAGUAGGUCCCAAAGCUCCAAUCACUGACAUUGUUGUUAUUAACAAGACAGCUGGAGAGACUGUACCAGAGGGCUAUACAUGUAUUGAAAUCACACAAAGUGGGUUGCAAGCCAAUUUGAACCAUGGAAGCUUAAAGAGUCCAGAAAUGUUCAUCUGUUACAGACGAGAGAAAGGGAAAUCCCCACUCACAGACAUUGGUGUGUUAUAUGAAGGGAAAGAGCACCUGUUGAAAGGCUGUGAGGUUAUCCAGGCUACACCAUAUGGACGCUGUGCAAAUGUCAAUAACAGUUCUGGCACCUCCAUGAGGAUAUUUUUAACUUAUCGCCGAUCUCUACCAGUUCGCCCUCAGAACUCCUUGGCAGUAACUGACAUUUGUAUAAUCAUCAGUAAUAAAGGAGAGACACCACCCCAUACAUUCUGUAAAGUGGACAAAAACCUCAACUGUGGAAUGUGGGGAUCCAAUGUUUUCCUGUGUUAUAAGAAGUCUGUCCCUGCAUCUAACUCCAUGCCUUAUAAAGCUGGUUUGAUUUUCAGAUAUCCAGAGGAGGAUUAUGAGUCAUUUCCUCUACCAGAGUCUGUGCCACUCUUUUGCCUUCCCAUGGGAGCCACUGUUGAAUGCUGGGACCCUCAAAUCCGACAUCCUCUGCCUGUUUUCUCAACUUUUGUACUGACAGGUUCUACAGCUGAGAAGGUUUAUGGUGCUGCUAUUCAGUUCUAUGAGGCUUACCCACGUGAAAUGUUGUCUGAAAAGCAGAUGAUUCAGUUAGGGCUGAUUACAGCUGUGGAGAAGAAAGUGGUCACCUCCAAAACUAUCACCUCCAAGAAGUGCAUAUGUUUGCUUUCGCACUGGCCUUUCUUUGAGACCUUCCGCAAGUUCCUUAUGUUCAUCUACAAGCUCUCUGUGUCCGGCCCUCAUACCCUUCCAAUUGAAAAACACAUAUCGCACUUUAUGCACAAUGUACCCUUCCCAUCACCACAGAGACCAAGAAUCCUUGUUCAGCUUUCUGCUCAUGAUGCCUUAAUUCUGUCUCAGCCUGUAGCAACACCUUUGCCUCUUAGUGGAGCAAAUUUUAGUACCCUGCUUAUGAAUCUUGGACCAGAAAACUGUUGUUCUUUGCUGCUCUUCGUUCUGCUGGAAUGCAAGAUUCUCCUUCACUCGCUCAGGCCAGCGGUUUUGACUGGAAUCGCUGAGGCUGUAGUAGCUAUGAUUUUCCCUUUUCAGUGGCAGUGCCCAUACGUCCCCCUGUGCCCGUUGUCUCUUUCGGAUGUACUUAGUGCACCUAUUCCCUUUAUUGUGGGCGUGGAUUCACGAUACUUUGAUUUGCAUGAUCCACCUCAGGAUGUUGUUUGCAUCGACUUGGACACAAGCAUGGUUUACACGUCUGAAGACAAGAGGAAUUUAAGCUGGAAACAGCUUCCUAAGAAACCAGUGAAAAAUCUUAUUGGUGUCUUAAAAAAACUUUACCUCCGGCUCUCUUCAGUUCACCAAAAGACCCAAGAAGAAUCGGCAGUGCUGAUGACCCCAAUUGAGGCAGACUUCUCAUGGCAAAAGAAAGCAACAGAGUUGGAGAUGGAAAUUCAAGAGGCAUUUCUACGGUUCAUGGCAUCCAUAGUCAAAGGUUACAGGACCUACUUGAAACCCAUUACUCAAGCACCAUCCAACAAAGCUACUGCUGCAGAUUCGCUGUUUGACCGUCAAGGGUUUUUAAAAAGUAGGGAUCGUGCACACAUGAAAUUCUACACUUCACUGACAAAAACCCAGAUCUUCAUCCGCUUCAUUGAAGAAUGCAGCUUUGUCAGCGAUAAGGACACCAGCCUGGCCUUCUUUGAUGACUGCAUUGAAAAGUUGUUUCCUGAUAAAGGAGUGGAGAGAGGUGAUAAGGGGGAUCUGGAGUUCCCAGAAGACACUCGUCUGAUUGAGCUAGAUGACUCUCAGAAGAGCGAGCACACAGUGUUUAUAAUGCCACCUGAGCCUCUGCCUGAAGAUGGACCUGAUCCUCACCCAAAAUAUAGCUACAAAAGCUUUCCAAGACUAGACUAUGCUCUUUUUGACCGAACACGUGAUCAGUACCUUUCUUUCAAUGGAAGUGCUAAAGGUAGCCGAGCAGCAAGCAGCCCCACAUUUAUUGCUAAAAGGACAAAACAGGAAAUCAAAACAGCUCACAAGUUAGCUAGAAAAUAUUAUAGCAAUGAUCCUACUUGGGCCAAAUGUCUCUUCAGCCAGUGCUUUAGCUUGUGGUUUGUUUGCCUGCCUGUUUACAUCAAGGUGUCGCAUUCAAAAGCACGUUCACUUCAAAAGGCUUAUGAUGUGUUGGUAAAGAUGAGGAAAACUGAUGUAGAUCCAUUGGAUGAGGUGUGCUACAGAGUGGUAAUGCAGCUGUGUGGCAUUUGGGAGAACCCUGCUCUGGCAGUGAGAGUAUUGUUUGAGAUGAAAAACGCUGGGAUACAGCCAAAUGCAAUCACCUAUGGUUACUAUAAUAAGGUUGUGUUGGUCAGCCCUUGGCCAAGCAGUAGUCGCAGUGGAAACUUCCUGUGGACAAAAGUGCGUAAUGUGGUGUUUGGUUUGGCUCAGUUCCGAAGGGCAACAAAGAAGUCACAUUUAACUUCCGAGGUCUCUUCAGCAUCAGCUCUUCCAAGUGCUGCACAUGCAAAUGAUGGGGAGGCUGUGAGCCAUCAAAGAGUGGAUAAUUGUAACGAUUCUAACUCUGGGGAGCACACUCUCUUUGUGCGUGAUCUAAUCAGAAUUGAUUCCACUGAUAACCAUUCUAGCACAGAGAGUCCAUCUAAUAGUGACUCCAAAGACAAAGUCGAGACAGAUGGUGCUCAGGGUGGUACUGAUCAGAAAUACAAUGCAGAAACCAAUGGUAAAGUAAAGCAGAAGCACACACAGGACUGUGAUGAGCCUGCACCUUCCUCUACAGAUCCAACAGUAUCUAGCAGUGGAAGCCAUCCUGAAAAAGUACAUACAACCUCUGAGGCUCCAAGUCCUCCUGAAUCCCCUCCUUGUGGAAGUAGCAUUGUUAAAGUUCCUUCUGGCAUUUUUGAUAGCACGGGAAGGAGAAGCAGUACCGGAGGUGGAACAGGACCGUUAUCCCCAGUUUUGGAUGUUGUGGAAGACCACGUGUUUUCCACUGAAGGUCAAAGCAAGAAGUUCAACGAGAGAGCUCAGAAGAGGCAGAAAAUGUUUGCAGAGCGAAGCUGUAGUUUUAGUGCAGAAAGCCGAGCUGGCAUGCUGCUAAAGAAAGUCAGUCUUGACUUGGCCACUAAUGAAAUGGCCAUAAAGAUGGGAGCAGAUGCAAAAAUACUUACUGCUGCGUUUUCAAAAACACCACCACCACCUCUGCAAGCCAAGAACGAAUUCUGCUUUGAAGGUAUAGAUGAACAUUCUGUCUAUCAGACAUCUGAUAAGGAACCUGAGAAAGCCACCGAGGAGAUAACAGUCUCGCGACUGCAAGGGCCGUCUGACCAGUUGGAUACGGUGAAAGAGGAAAGCAUGGUGGAUGGUGGAGACUCUGUGUUAAGCACAGUGGAAGACUGUAUUGCUCUCAGGGAAACUCCUAAACUUAAAAAUGAUCUAAAUAAAAGGCAUAGUUUCUAUGGUCUAACCAAAGCAGUAGAAAGAGAAGGAGUGCAGAAGGGCCUUGACCCUCUCUCUUUACUGGCUUCACAGACGGUGGAAAAAGAGCCAUCACCAUCUGAGGAAAAGCACAUUUCCCCUGUUGUGGCACGUAAUCUGGCAGAUGAGAUUGAAAGCUACAUGAACCUGAAAAGUCCUCUUGGCACCAAGUCUUCAAGUAUGGAGCUAGGAGGACAGGAGUCAGGAUCUGGAAACCACAGCCAAGCUGGCCUGGAGCGGCGCUCUAGCUUACCAGUCGACUCAUUUCCUCCAUCAGAAGUGCAAAGUGAAAACCAGAAGAACUCUGUAUCCAGAUCUAAGACUUUUACUAGCAGUCCAAAGCAUCACCUACGCAACCAAAAGGAACGAUCAGUUUCACUCACUGCCCUUGUCCGUAGCUCCCCACAUGGCUCUUUGGGAUCAAUGGUCAACUCCUUUCCUGGGCUAAAAUUCGACAAUCUUCUGACAGGACCUAAAAUUGAUGUGCUGAAAUCGAGCAUGAAGCAGGCAGCCACUGUAGCAAGUAAAGUUUGGGGGGCUGUGGCAUCAGCUUAUAGCUACUCUGAUGAUGAGGAAGAAAGUCCGGGUCAGAGAGGUCAGUCUAAAUUUCCUUUAAGACCUGAAGAGCCAGGUGACAAUCUUUCCUUCAAGAUGGCUUCAAAUGGGCUUCCUGGCAAUGAGCUGACACAGAGUAACACCAGCCUAGGCAGUAGCAGCAGUGGAGAUACAAACAAGCACAGCUAUUUAAAUGAAUCUGUCCAGGGGAAAGCAUCAAGGGUUCUAGAGUCUGAAAAAUCAGAGCAGGGAUCCUCUCAUAGUACCAGCUUGUCGAGCAUAUUUCAGAACUGGGCAAUGGAGGUCUUGAUGUCCAGCUGCUCUCAAUGCAGAGUUUGUGAUGCACUUGUAUAUGAUGAAGAGAUAAUGGCUGGAUGGACUGCUGAUGACUCAAACUUAAAUACCACGUGUCCCUUCUGUAAAAACCCCUUUUUACCUCUUCUAAAUAUUGAGUUUAAAGACCUUCGUGGAACUGCGAGCUUUUUUCUCAAACCAAGCAACUCAGGAGACAGUCUUCAUGGCAGUAACGUCCGGGUAAUGGCAGAUUCAUCAGAGCAUAAAGUGCAAUCAAACACUACAGCCAGUGACCUGAUCAGUCUCGGGGAAUCUUCCACUACUCCCCACACCACAGCAGAGGAAAGUAAUACAGGCACUGAGCAGAGUAAUAGUGUCCAGGCUGAAGAAGAUGGAACCAUGAUGGCUUCUAAGACAAACAACGCUACCAAGCGAGGAGCUUCAUUGACUAGAAGUCACAGCGUAGGAGGGCCACUACAAAACAUUGACUUAUCCCAAAGGCCUUCCCAUGGAAUUUCCACUGUCAGUCUUCCCAACAGUCUGCAAGAAGCUGUGGAUCCUUUGGAGAAGCGGCACAACCCACUGCCUGUGUCCGUCCCUUACCUUAGUCCCCUUGUCCUGCGCAAGGAGCUGGAGUCUUUGCUGGAGAAUGAGGGAGACCAUGUCAUAUACACAUCCACUUUUAUUAACCAGCAUCCUAUUAUCUUCUGGAACCUUGUUUGGUACUUCAGACGUUUGGACCUGCCUAGCAAUUUGCCAGGACUCAUCCUCUCCUCUGAGCACUGCAAUGGAGGGGUGCAGCUCCCGCUAUCAUCUCUAGCACAGGACAGCAAGCUGGUCUAUAUACAGCUGUUGUGGGACAACAUAAAUCUUCACCAGGAGCCUGGAGAGUCCUUAUACAGCAAAUUUAGAACUCUAGACAAUAUCAAGAAGAAGGGUUCUCCUAUCCCACAAGAUCAGCAAAGCAUCAACAAUUUAUUGGAAAGCAUCACACUCAGUAUCCAGCAUAAUGAUGUCCUAAGGCCCAUCAGCCUGCUCCUGCAGAAAAGCAACUUAACUGGCAAGAGGCAAAGGAGCUUGUAUAGAGAAAUCAUGUACCUUUCUUUGGUGUCUCUCGGAAGAGAAAAUAUUGACAUAGAGGCCUUUGACAAUGAAUAUAGAAUUGCUUACGAAAAACUCCCUCCUGAGAUGCGGCAAAAAAUGCAUAAAAUUGAUCAGCCUCCGAGCAAGAAGAUGGAGUGCUGCAGGAGUAUCUUUGGAGCACCCCUAAUUUAAGAGCAGAUGUAGUCUUAAAAGGAUUCUGGUUUUUCACUUGGAUGGCUCAAGAGCUGUGUUUUGGGCUCUGAACUUAAAGUCAUUGUAUAGAUCACAAGUUGCCUUUUAUUUGAUGUCAGUCUUAUCCAUGAAUUUGGACAAGGCAUUGCAAGGAAAAUAUUCAACGUGGGUGAGCCCUUUCCUGUUUAUUUUAUGCCACUUCCUCCUCUGAACAGAACCCCAUUCAGGUGUCUAACUGGUGCCUGUUGCAUGUAACGGGAAAUCCAGUCCGCUGAAGAAAAUGUUUAAGAACCAUAUUGCCUUUACAAUGCAGAUAUACAUGAUUUUUGUUUAUCCGGAUGUCACAAAGAAUGGUAUAAGCAAUACUUUUUAAAAACAUUUGCUAAUCAGUUCAAUCCUGCCAAGGUUGCGCAGAGCAGUGGGAUUGCAAGUGAUUGGCAGAGGGCUUUUAAAGCAUUUUUAAACCAGUUGUUUACACUCCUUGAGAUACCGUGCCUUAUAUUAAGUCUGUUGCUCUUGAUACAGGUAUUUGACCAACUGCUUAAUGCAGUCUUACCUUUUUAAAGGGAAAUAUGCCUUAUUUACAGAUAGGGCUCAAUUUUACUUUAUUUUCAUGUAAAAAAUUCAUAAAAACAUAUGGGCUUAGGAUAUGAAACAUAUAAUAUCUUAUGUACACAUUUGUAUUUAUUGUGGGAUGAGUGGGGCCUGCCAUAAUGUUAUUUUGAAAUAAAACUAGAUUACCACACAUAGUCUCCAAAGAAACAAGGUGCCAGUGCCCAGAUCAUAAUAACUGCACAAAGUUUUGGUUGCUUUAACCUUCUAAUAACAUUAAGAUACUUACAUCAGACUCUAAAAGGAAAGCCAUGCAAAGAGGAAUAUCGAUAACUGUCUUCUAAAGAUUGUAUAACUGUCUGAAAAACACCCUCUCCUCAUCUGCCCCCACUCAAUAUGCCAUAGGCCCGCUAUGAUAUCUUAAAAUAACAACUGCAAACAUGAUUAAGGCAUUGCUGAAGACACUCUGAAUCCCAAGGUCUAGACAGAUUACACAGACAAAAGAUAUAAACACUGACUAUAUUACAUUACCAUAGUAGAUCUCAUAUGGUUAACCUGUUCCAGGCCUGUAAACGAGUCCAAUGCACCUUAUUCUGUUCAUUUAACUUGCUGAUUGAAUUUUAGUUUCCCUUUAUAAACGCAGGAAAAUCUCUAUAUGAAUUGCAGGAAUCCGAUUUUCUUUUUUCUUUUUGUUUUAAUUUAGCUUUGGCCUGGUUUCUCUGUAGGAGUAUGCAGAUAAGCUGUGAAUUCCAUUAUUGCUUUAGCCACAUCUUUUAAACAAUAUACACUACAUUCUUCAUUUGAUUCUAAGCAGGUGAGCCACUGCAGUCAUUUUUAGCUGUGCAGUAUAAAGCUUAAAGUGAAUGUAAGUUCGGCUUCAGUGAUUUAAAAAUAAUAUAAAAAACAGAAAAUCUCUUCCACAUUGAAUGGAAACAUGGUGCUUAGCCAUUGAGCCCUUAUUGCUCAUAUGCUACCAUGAAGUAAGCACAAAUAUUUGUUUGAUUUGGUAGAGAAUGCUUAACCAAAACACUUGGCCAUUGAUGGACUGUCCCAGUCUGGAGGUCUUUUAUGUGGUGCAAGCAUUUUCUUUCUUAUAGAAUUAUGGGGUAGGACAGCUCAAGUUCAGAACAUGCAAGAAUGCAAAGAAGACUCUAAUGCUUUUCCUUUUGGCUAUGCCCUGCCAGUAUAUGUCUAACUGUGUGCCUCAAUGAACCUUGUUGCAGUAUCAUAAUUUAUUUUCUUCAGAUUUUUCUUCUUGGUAGUUAUCAGAGGAAACGUUGCAUUCAUUUUUGAGUGUAUAUUGCCCCUUCUGAAAGCAAGGAGUCAGACUUUGCCAUAUUCCACAUCCCAAUGUUCUCUCUUGUACAGGACAUGAUUACUUAAUACAUCUUACGCCAAUAUCUCUCUAUCUCUACAAUAGAAACAAGAUUAGUAAUUACCCCCCAUACUUUCAUUGUAUCUGUUUUAUGAGUCAGGGCAACAAAAGCAUUAAAGUACCCAAUCUACAGAUUUGUGAAUUUUGAAUUGAAUUUUUUUUAAUAAAAUCUGCUUUCCCCCCA